AAAAAAAGCUUGAAUAUUAAGUGCUCUGUGUUUUACUUUCAUCUUCAGCACGUCGUUCUCACUGACUCAAGUUUGUGUUUUUUUCACUCUGCUCGUUUGCUGCCAAAGGUUUUACAAAAUGUCCGGAGACAUAGCCAUGGACUAUGAAGAUUUCAUUAAAGAACUUCAAAGCAUACAAAUCCCACAAUCAAGAAAUGUAUCAGAAAAUGCAACCAAGCAUUACCAACAAGAGAUGAGGAUGACUUACUUAAUUACAUAUUCUAUUGUCCUCAUCCUCGGUGUCACCCUCAACUUCAUCGUCAUUGUCAUGAGCUGCCUGAAAAACAAGAAUUCUCCAAAGGUUGCCGCUUGGAUUAUGGCACUGGCUGCAACACACUUAGUCUGCAGCUCAUCUAUUGUUUUUCAGCUGCUGUAUGCUUACAAUAACUUUGAAUGGAAUUACGGAAGUGCAAGCUGCAAGCUGUCAUCCUAUAUCAUCUACGGCAGUAUGUUCUCCACGGCAGCCAUGCUGAGUCUCUGGAGCAUUAAUCCUACUUUUUCAAAAAUCAAGUGCACAAAAAAUUGUACCAUCAUUCGGAUUUCACUCUCCUUGACCGUUGGAGCAGUCUUGGCAUGUCCUUCGCUGUUUUCCAGAGAGGUUAGAGAUUCUCAGUGCAUUGAUGAUUACGACUUGGACAAAUCGAGAACAACUCAAGACGGCAUUACAAGACUGAAGGCAGUCGUUGUCAUGCGAUUUCUCAUCGGGGUUCUCGUGCCAGCUUUGAUAAUGUUUCUCACCUGUUUGAGAUCAGCUAAUAGAACCUGUAAAGACUGCAAGAAGCAGGCACAGAUCAUCUGUGCUAUGAAGACAGUCUACUUUGUGUUCUGGGGCCCUAAUAUUGUCUUAACCAUGAUUCAAGCCACUGUAAACGACAGCCUGAGUACAAAUAUGUUGAACUACGGACUUCCUGCAGCUACUGUACUGGCCACAAGCCACUCUUUUACCAACCCCAUUAUCUAUCUGUUAUUGGGAUGCAGCAUUAAAAUGAACUGGAUGGCGCAUGACCCAGAUCAGUGCGGAAUGGCAGUUAAUCAGGGGAUAACACUGUUGCCUCGAACCAAGAAAGCCCAGAGUUCAAAUCCCAAAUGAGCCAGGAGGUCUGUCUGUGUGGACUUUUUCCGGAAGUAAAUUGGAGACACUAAAUUGUCUGUAAAGUAAAUAGUAGUGAGAUAGGCUCCAGCAUUCCUGCGACCCCACAAAGGAUAAGCAGUUUGAAGAAUGGAUGGAUGACCCAGUUCACAAAGAUCACAUGAACUGAUGCUUUUUAGGAAAAUGCUGCACAUGAAUUGCACACAGGCAUCGAAGGUUGAU